AUGCCCGCCCAAGACAACUACACCGACCCCGAACUGCGGGAACAAGUCAAAGCAGAGGUCAAGCAAAGCGACAAAGGUGGAAAGCCAGGACAAUGGUCUGCUAGGAGGGCCCAGCUUAUGGCGUCUAAAUACAAGAAGCGGGGCGGAGAUUAUGCCACCUCCAAAGAGGAGGGACAAGAUGAAUCUCAGAAGAGUCUCGACCAAUGGGGCAAAGAAGAGUGGCAAACGAAAGAAGGGUCGGGCACAGCCAAACAGGAUGAUGGGACGAGAAAACGAUAUCUGCCGAAGGCGGCGUGGGAGAAGAUGAGCAAGCAGUUUGUGUCAAACACCGGUAAGGCGAAGAAGGGGAGAAAGGAGGCAGCGGAAGAAAGGAAGAAAGAGGAUCAGCAGGAAGAAGGUCAAGGAUCGGAAUCAGAGGAGUCAGAACUUGACAGGUCCGACGAAUCUGAAGAAGUUGGCGGAAUUGAUGAGGGAGAAGAAGAUGGCCGACAAGACGACGAGUCUCAGAACUCUGGGGACUAG